AUGGCCUGGACGACUAGGCAGAGCGGCGACGGCAAAAAGCCAUUUCGACAGGCCGCCACCAUCCUCCGCGAAAUGAUCAACGACCCGGACAAGAUCGUUGUCUGCCCGGGCGUCUUCGACGGCUACACGGCCCGCAUCGCCCUGGACAUUGGCUUCGACGCGCUGUACAUGACGGGCGCGGGCACGGCGGCGUCGCGCACGGGCUCGCCAGACCUGGGCAUCAUCAACAUGGUCGAGAUGGCGGCCAACGCCAGCAUGAUCGCCGGGUUGGACUGGAGGGUGCCCGUCAUCGCCGACGCCGACACGGGCUUCGGCUCGUCGCUGUCGGCGGCGCGCACGGCCAAGACGUACAUCGAAGGCAACGUCGCCGCGCUGCACAUCGAGGACCAGGCCUUCAUCAAGCGCUGCGGCCACCUGCGCAACAAAGAGCUGGUGUCCCUGGAGACGUAUCUGACGCGCAUCCGCGCCGCGAGCAUGGCCCGCGAAGCCUCGGGCCGCGACCUGGUCAUCAUCGCGCGCACCGACUCGCUGCAGUCUUUGGGCUUUGACGAGGCGAUCCGCCGCCUCAAGGCCGCGCACGAGGCCGGCGCCGACGUCGCCUUCUUCGAGGGCCUCGUGUCGAAAGAACAGGCCCGCGCCGCCGUCAAGGCCCUCCACCCGAUCCCGUGCCUGCUCAACAUCGUCCACGGCGGCGUCACCCCGGCCAUCACCGCCGCCGAAGCCAAGGAGAUCGGCUUCAAGAUCGUCAUCUGGUCCAUCCUGUCGCUGACCGAGGUGUACAACUCGACCCGCCGCGCCAUGACCGAGCUGCGAGACACGGGCUUUGUCACCGAGAGGGAGGACAAGGCCGGGGGUAUCUACGAUAUUUUUAGGGUCGUCGGGAUCAACGAGGCCGCAGAGUUUGACGCUGCCGCUGGAGGGGCUACUUUGAAAGGGGGGUUUUGA